AUGAUGCCUUUUUGGGUCCCUGCGCUUCGCGGGCACGCCCCCUUCGGGCUCCUGCGGCCACCUCGACGGCCACACCGACGGCGCUACGGCCACAACGCGACGGCCACCGUCGGCCACAGCGCCACGGCCGCCCCGAAGGCCACGACGCCGAGACCCCUUGCGACGACGAGGACUUCGACCAAGCCCCACGGGAGGGCGUGGACCGAAGCCACGGUGUCGGCGCGCAGGGCGCUCCAGCUGAAGGGGUUCACGGCCAUCAACGGGAAGUCGGUGCAGGGCAAGGCCAUGUACGUCAAGGCGAAGACCCUGAUGGCGGCGAGCAGAGGCGCUUAG